AUGAAGGUUCAGGUGAUUUUUAUUUUAGCCUUAUCUCUCAAUAUGGUGAUGAAUAAAGUUAUUUUGGUUGGAGGCGACUGUAAACUCGACUGUUUAAAACGUUAUCUUAUGUGUGAUGAUCGAUGCAAACGAAUGCCUUUCCGUGAAGAGACAUGCUACUUAGAAUGCAAGAACACAUUAUCGGAAUGUCUGGAUAAACCAUGUGCGAAAUUUGCUGAGGACUAUUAUGAACGAUACAGUUAAUUAGCUGUCAUUAUUUCUUCUAGGAAGAAUAUAUAUUCGUUCACUUUUGUAUAUUUACGCUAACUCAGUGGUAAAAAGAUCCGCUUCACUAUAUACAGC